AUGGAGGACACCUUCAUCACGGUCUGCCUCGCCGUAGCUCUCGUUUCGCUGCUCAUCAUGAUUGCGGGCCGCCGGCGCUGGGGGGCGCGUGGCGACGGCCUGCGUAUGGCGCCUGGGCCGUGGCAGCUGCCGGUGAUCGGCAGCCUGCACCACCUCGUCCUAGCCGGGCAGCUCCCUCACCGCGCGAUGCGCGACCUGUCGCGACGCUACGGGCCGGCCGUGCUGCUCCAGCUCGGCCAGGUGAAGACGCUGGUGGUGUCCUCCCGGGAGGGGGCGCGCGAGGUGAUGAAGAACCACGACACCAUGUUCGCCACGCGGCCCCUCAGCACCACCAUGCGCGUGCUCUCCUACGGCGGCCAGGACAUCGUCUUCGCGCCCUACGGGGAGUACUGGCGCCAGCUCCGCAAGAUCGCCGUGUCCGAGCUCUUCACAGCGCGCCGCGUCCUCUCGUUCCGCGCCAUCCGCGAGGAGGAGGUCGCCACAGCGGUCCGCGCCGUAGACGAGGCCGCUGCGGCCACGCGCCCCGUGGAGAUGCGCGCGGUGCUGUCCACGCUCGUGACGGACAGCACGGCGCGCGCCGUUAUAGGCGACCGGUGCAAGGAGCGCGACGCGUUCCUCCGGGAGCUCGACCGCAUCGUGCAGCUCGCGUCGGGGUUCAACCUGGCCGACAUGUGGCCGUCGUCACGGCUUGCUGCGUGGCUCAGUGGAGCCGAGGAGUGCCGCCACACCCUGUACACCAUGCUCGACGGCAUCGUUGAGGAGCACCUGCAGAGGAUGGACGGCGGCGGAGACCACGCCGAGGACCUGCUCGACGUGCUGCUCAAGAUCCAGAAGGAGGGUGGUCUCAAGUUUCCCAUCCACAUGGACGCCGUCAAAGCCAUCAUCUUGGACGUAUUCUCCGCGGGCAGUGAAACAACAACUACGACAAUUGAGUGGGCCAUAUCAGAGCUGAUGAACAACCCGAUGGCCAUGCAGAAGGCGACAACUGAGGUGCGACAAGCCUUCCAAGCCAGUGGAACCGUGGCCGAGCACGCCCUAAGCGAGCUCACAUACCUACGCUUCGUCAUUCGAGAGACGUUGCGACUGCACCCGCCCCUGCCGUUGUUGUUCCGCGAGUGCCAGGAACCGUGCCAAGUGCAGGGAUACGACGUGCAGCAGGGCACGCAGGUGUUGGUCAAUGCUUGGGCGCUAGGCCGCGACGAGCGCUAUUGGCCCGACGCGCCUGAGGAGUUUCGACCGGAACGGUUCGAGGAAGAAGCAGCAAAGGCAGACUUUGGGGGUGGUGACUUUGCGUUCUUGCCGUUUGGCGCCGGCCGCAGGAUGUGCCCUGGGAUGGCGUUUGGCCUCGCCGGCGUCGAGCUCCCGCUUGCAAGCAUGCUCUUCCACUUUGACUGGAAACCACCAGGGCCAGGCUCGGCGGAGCUCGACAUGACAGAGACGUUCGGCCUCACCGCACGGCGGACGGACCAGCUCCUGUUGCGCCCUGUCCUUCGCGUACCUAUUCCCGGAGUCUAG